UAAGCAAAUACUCCCAACUCCCACACGGAGGGCCCCCAUGGUGGGAGUCUGGAGGCCAUGAGAACAAGAACAAGAACUCUCCCAACUACUGGCCCCCGAUUGACGGUUGGUAGUCAAUGAUGGGUAAGGCUCCCCAUGGAGGGGGUCGACCUAAAACAGGCACAACCGUGGGGGCCAGGGAGGAGCCGCCACCUGGGAUUGAGACCAAGAAGCAUUUCAAAUGGCUGCAUUGUCUUAUGUUGCCUAUCUCGGCCUUGUGUUUUGAGCUCUGUCUGGCACCUUAACUUUAGUAACCGUUAGAGGUCUGAGACCAUGGGAAAUUGUUCCCUUUUGAAACAACUCCAGAAUUAACUGAUAUCGCUGUUAUGCUCAGAUGCUCAUGUACAAGAAACUAAGCUUGGGUCUGGGGGGUAUAAAAAUAAAGCGACCGGUGCAUUGGUCACUCAAGUCAUUGUCAUGUCUAUGUGUGUCUGUGUCAUUAUUUUAUGGUCUGUGUCAUCCCCCGUCUUGUAAUCCGGCCACGUCAAUCAAGGCCACACCUGUGCUCUGCAGGGGAGCUGAGCCCAGCCCAGCUCCCCACUGCUGCAGCGUGAGUGUGGGCUUCACCAGGAGGGGAGCCAGUUCUGGUGAAAGGGGUCAUAGACUCACCAGUUGAUCGUCACCUGAUUGACUUUUAAAGAUUGAUGAUGGGUGAGGAAGAAUCCCAGAUCAGGAGGAAGAGGAAAGAAAAGGAGUCAAGAAUGGCUGUUACUCAGGGACAUUUGACAUUCAGGGAUGUGGCCAUAGAAUUCUCUCAGGAAGAGUGGAAGUGCCUGGACCCUGCUCAGAGGGCUUUAUACAGGGCCGUGAUGUUGGAGAACUACAGGAACCUGGUCUCCCUGGCAGGAAUCUUGCUUCCUGACCUGAGGGUUAUCUCUGUGUUGGAGGAAGGGGAAGAUCCCUGGACUAUGGACAGUGAAAUGAAAACACCAGGAAACUCAAAUAGGGGGGAGAGGAUCCCAGGUUUGCAUUCAGGGAGGAGCUGUGUCUUGGGAAAUGAUGCAGGAAACAAGCCCAUUAAAACUGAACUGGGAUUAAGCUUUCAGUUCCAUCUGCCUGAAAUGCAGCUAUUUCAAGCUGAAGGGAAAAUUUAUGAAUGUAAUGAAGUUGACAAGACUAUCAACCCUAUUACCUCACUUUCACCACUUGAAAACCUUACUUCUAAACUCAAAACCCACAGAUUUAAUAAGUAUAAGAAUGAUUUUGUCAGUUCUCUCAUAGUUAGAGAAGAACACAAAGCACACGUUACAGAAGAACCUUGCAGAGGUAAUGAGCACAGCAAAGCCUUUAGUGUUUCUUCAAGCCUUCCUAACCAAGGGGUGAUCUGUACUGGAAAGAAGCUUUUCAAAUGUAAAGAGUGUAGCAAGGCCUUCAGGCAAAAUUCAGACUUUCUGGAACAUUGGAAAAUCCAUAGUGGAGAGAAGCCAUACAGAUCCAGUGAGCCUGGUGAAGUCUUCACUGAAAAUAUACACCCAUCUCGACAUCAGACAAUUCAUACUCGAGAGAAACCUUACAAGUGUAAUGAGUGUGGCAAGUACUUCAGGCACAAGACAUGUCUUACAAUAUAUCAGGAAAUACAUACUGGACAGAAACCUUACAAACAUAAUGAGUGUGACGAGGUCGUCUGUCAGAACACAAACCUUGAAGUUCACAGAAACCAAACAGGACUGAAACCUUACAAAUGUAACGAAUGUGGCAAGGUCUUCAAUUACAAUUCAACCUUUGAAGGACAUCAGUGUGUUCAUACUGUAGUGAGGCUUCACAAAUGUAGUGAAUGUGGUAAGGUCUUUCGUAGCAAAUCAAACCUUAAAAGUCAUCACACAAUCCAUACAGGAGAGAAACCUUACAAUUGUGAUAAAUGUGACAAGGUCUUUAGACAAAAGACAUGCCUUGUACGUCAUCAGGAAACUCAUACAGCAGAGAAACCUCACAAAUGUUAUGAAUGUGGCAAGGUCUUCCGUCGCAAAUCAAACCUUGAAAAUCAUCGUACAAUCCAUACAGGAGAGAAACCUUAUAAUUGUGAUAAAUGUGAUAAGGCCUUUAGACAAAAGGUACUCCUUACACGUCAUCAGCGAACUCAUACCGGAGAGAAACCUCACAAAUGUAAUGAAUGUGGCAAGACCUUCCGUGAGAAAACAACUCUUAAAAUUCAUCACAGAAUCCAUACUGGAGAGAAACCUUACAAAUGCAAUGAGUGUGGCAAGGCGUUCCGUGACAAAUCAAACCUUAAAACUCAUCACAGAAUCCAUACUGGAGAGAAACCUUAUAAUUGCAAUGUAUGAGGUAAGGUUUGAGACUCUGCAGACUCCUUCAGGGUGCAAACUCUUCACCAUGAGUUGUAUCAGUAAUCAACAUCAGAGAGUCCAUACUAAACAGAAAUCAAAUACAUGCAGUGUAUGUGGCAGGGGCUUUAUCCAGGCCUCACCACUCACUACACAUCAAAAGGUACGCCUUCAAUGAAACCAUGCCAAUGAAAUGUUUAUGGUGAGGCUAGUACCCAAGGACCAUUACUGUGGACCAUCUGGGGAUGUAUAGAAGAAAUAAGUCAGUCCCUAGUUCUCUGCUGUUAAUCUAUGAUAUUAUGUGGUGGUGUAAAUCAAAAUACAUUGACCCUCAUGACACGAUACAUAUCAAAGAUGCAAGGACAUGUGGACAUGGUCAGUUAUAUUAGUUUAUAUUAUAUUUAAUUAUUUGAUGUUCUUUCAAAAGGCUACUUUAUUCUUUAUGACUUUCAUCCUGAACUUUGAAAUCUCUCUACAUGUCUUCCUUACCAGGAUUUUCUGUGGUGUGUAGGAAAGAAUCGAUAGAAUGACAGGUGUUAGCUGAUUACUGAGAAUCAUUUCUUUCCCAUUUCCUGGAAGAGAAAUGUCAUUCCCUUUUGAGACUAAUUUUUUAUUUUUAUUUUUGUGGAGACAGGGUUUUGCUCUGUUCCCCUGGGUGAAGUGCAGUAUGGUGAUCAUAGCCCACUGCACCCUCUAAUUUGUGGGCUCAAACUGUCCUCCCCACCCUACCUCCUUUAUAGCUGGGACUACAGGCAUAACACACCAGGUCCAGCUGACUGUUAUCAAUUUGUUUUUUUUUUGUUAUGUUU